UAAAUAAUUAAGGAUGCCAUUUUUAUUCAUGAUAUGUUUUAUAUUAGGUUUCGUUGAAAGUUUAGAUGGACCUCACAUAUGUGAAAGUAAGACGAGAGGUAAAUACUGCUGCUCAUACUUUCAGGAGAAAAAUGGAAAAUGCGUUGCUUGUGAAGUUGGAUUUAUAUCACGAUUUGGCAGCCCCUGUUUACCAUGUAAUCAGAACUCAUACGGAGAAAGAUGUAUUCAUAAAUGUAAAUGCUCCAAGGAUGAUAGGUGCGAUAAUGUCGUCGGCUGUGUACAGAAGCUCCAUAGCACUACUCAAAGUAUAGAGCAAUCAUCUGUUAAUUUACCAUCUUCUAUCGCACAAUCAGUUAGUGGUACGUCAGAAAUGCAAAGGUUAGAUACCGGUGCUAAUGAUGAGUCCGACUUAUCUAAAGAACAAAUACAUAUUGUAUAUUCUGCGUCAGUUGCGGGGUUUAUCAUACUGCUUGUAAUGUGCUAUAUAGGCCACAAAUGUAGGAAGAAAUCUUCAAGGAAAGAAACAUUGAAACAAGAAAACAUUUCAUUAAAUAAUUUCAGUUCUUCGGUUCAUGAAUACUUUGAACCUAACGUUAAUCAUUAUGAUAUUAUCAACGACAAUGUGAUGAUUCGGGAAGACCAAUCAGCUAAUCCCUAUUUAGAUGUGAUUAUUAGUUCAAAUAGUUCAGAGACUACAAGUAAAUCUAAUAACUCAUCCGAUGUAAAGAUUGUAGAUUCAACUGGUUACUUGAAUCCUUACCAAGCACUUACUGACAAAGAUAAUUCAACAGUACACGUCUACAAUUCCAACGUCAGCUAUUGCAAGAACAUAAACGAGACCUUUAAAAGUUCUGUUAAUACGCACUCUUAUCAAACUCUCGCUGAUGGAUUCAUAGAAGAAAGGAAUAUGUAUAACACAUUAAGCAAUGUUCACAAAAUGACCCUAAAUAGUCGACUUCACAAAAGUGAGGUAUCCGUGUUCAGUCAACCUAAAGACCUGCUCGCAAGUACUGAUAUUGAUAACAUACGUCGCUUUUCUUUGUAAUUAGGUAUUAAAGAAUGUGUAUACUCUCUACAAUA